GCGCACCUAUAAAUACGCUCGCGGAGUCAGGUGGAGUGCUCCACUGCAACUGUGCGUGCACACGGCCGAAACCCACCGGAGCAGAGCAGCCGACCGGCGGGCCAAGGAGAGGCGAGGAGCGAGGCGGCUGCCGGCCUGACCAGCCAGCCAGUCCCGAGGAUCGACGUACGCGCGAUGAGCCGCGCGGCGGGCACCGGGAGAGGCGGGCCGGAGCGGCGGUGCCGGUACCGGGGCGUGCGGUGCCGGGCGUGGGGCAAGUGGGUGUCGGAGAUCCGGGUGCCCGGGACGCGGGAGCGCCUGUGGCUGGGGUCCUACGCCGCGCCCGAGGCAGCAGCCGUCGCGCACGACGCCGCCGCAUGCCUCCUCCGCGGCCUCCCGGGGGCCGCCGCCGCGGGCCACCUCAACUUCCCCGAGCGCGCGGCGUGCUACGCCUACGGCGGCGCGCCGCCCCUGUCGCCGCGCUCCGUGCAGCGCGUCGCCUCCGACGCCGGCAUGGCCGCCGACGCUCAGCUCGUCGACGCGCGCGCGGCUCUGGCGUCGUCAUCGCCCUCGCGGCCGCCGCCGCCCCUCGAGGCCGCCGCCGCUGGCGCUGCUAGCUUCGGCAUUGGCGCCUCGAUAGGUGGCGAAGGCGCAGUAGCACAAGGCUCGGCGUACGCGCCGGCGCCGGCGCGGUAUAGCAAUUGCAGUAGUGGUGGUAGCAGUACGUAUUGGUACACGCCGAGCGCGGGCGGCGGGAGCGGAAGCUCGAGCGCCGGCAGUGACCAGCAGCUGGUUUACGGGGACAUUAGCGUAGACGACAUCGAGAUCUUGAUGUAAUUUGGUUCGAUGAGGUUGACAUGUAUCGGCUCGGUGAUAUUAAGAAAAUGGAUGGGGGGUUAUUUUUUAUUGAAGAAA